GUCUGGGACGCACACCAGGGCGUGUUGUCCAAGUGAGCGCUUUUUUUGUUUUUUUUUGCAGGGAAGCGAACAUUUACAUUAUACCGUAUGGACAACUGGAUUGAACGAUUUAACUCGAGCUAGCCAAUUUAUUCUUUCUCCCAGCAAGAUUGAGAGGAAGGGUCUGCCGAGAUGAGUCUUAAUAUGGGCGUCAAGGCUCUACUUAAAUGGGUCAAUAGUAUUACAUUGGGCCACCGAGAAAUGGACGUUGAAGACUUGCAAGAUGGGGAGCUGCUGCUUCGUGUUGUUUAUAAGAUGAAAAAGGAACCAAACUCUCCUUUAAUCAAAUCAACUGAGGAACGGUUUAAACUCAUUGCAGAAUUUGUGGAGAAGGAUUGCAGAUUUAGUCCAACCAAAGGUACACUGUUAUCCUGGGACAACAUAAGAAAUGGAAUCAACCUGACUGUGGAAAUUGCAAAGGUCCUUCUGUUGCUGGUUUACUAUGACAUGAUGAAUGAACGGUGCACCCUUAAAGCCUUGGAAUGUGAGGUGGAGAGGGAGAUUGCAAAUCUGACUGGCUCUUUUGUGAUUGAGAGUGUUGGCGGUGUUUAUCUGAACAAUGGCCUUGAUGCCUACUUGUCAAAGCGAUAUUUGCCCGUGCCUCUUGAAAUACUCGAGCGAACGGUAAGCACCUCCAAUGCGUCGACCGUCUCUUCACUCUCAGAUGGAGACUCCCCUGUGUUCCAUCGCACACCGAAAAUCACAUUUUUGGACAUGCAUACUGUGGCGUCAUCUUCCGUCAGCAAAUCUCCUCUUCAGGAUAUAAUGAACACCCCCAAAUUCCAGUUGAGAAAGAUUCAGCGGCAGAUGGUUAAAGAGCGAGAUCAUAUGGAUCGGCUGGAGAAGGAGCUCGCCAGCAAGAUUAGCCUCAUUGCACAAAGAGAAUCUCAUAUUAACCAGUUGCAAUAUUGUCUGGACAAGAUGAAAGGGGAGCAGAGCGAUCAAGAGCAGACUACCAGGGAACAAAUCAAUGAACUGCAGUCCAAGAAUAACUCGUUACAACUGCGACUAAGUGAGAUUCUAAAAGAAAAUAAAGACUGUAAAAGUAACUUUUCACUGAUGGAGCGAAAAGUGGAUGAACUUGAAGAGGAGAAUGGUGUCCUCUCUUCACAGAUACGUGCAGCACAUGCACAGCUGUCCAUAUUUCAAGCUGAGGUUGGCAGUCUGACAGAAACCCAUUUGUCUGGUCAAGAGGAGUCGAGAACAAAAAUGGACUACCUACACUCUGAACUCAAUCAAGCCACUGCACAAAAGGAGCUCCUGACUGAACAAAUUCAGAUCCUGCAAGGAAGGAUUUCAUGUUUAGAAGAUGACAUUAGAGCAGCCACAAAGGAAGAUGUAGGAGAAAACCUGGGCCCUAUAAUUGAGAGAGAUGCGCUGGAGCUUGAAAUUGGCCGCUUAAAAAACGAGCUGGACAGCACAUUUGGCUGCUUGAAGAAGGCUGAGGCCAAUGUGGAGGCCAAAACACUGCAGCUUUCAGCUUAUGAAGAGGAAAUCACCCGACAAAAAGAACUCCUGGAGAAACAAAACUUGCACAUUGAAGAUAUUGUUCAAACCAAUGAUCGCAUUUCGAAAGAGCUGCAAAAAGAAAUCUCUGAGCAGAGAGAAGCCCUUCAGAAAGAGAUUGACUAUCUUAAACUUCAACUUGAGCAAGCAAAGCAACAGAAUGCUGAGCAGAUCAGUGAACUACAGAAACAUAUUGCUGCUUUACAGCAAGAAUUGGACAACCUUAAAGAAAUGAGUAGAGAAAAGGAAUACCACCUCAAUCAGGCCAAAGAAAACGUGAAAGAUCUUGAAACAAAGUUUCACGAUCUAACAUCCAUUUUGGUGGAUAAAAAUAAUCAAAUUAACAUUCUCAAAGAAGAAGUUGAAGUUGUUACAAUGGAAACUAUGAAAAACAAAAAUGAAAUUGAAAUCAAAGACCAACUGCUGGCCCAAUUACGUCUGCAGAAUUCCAAUCAGCAAGACAUUCUCCAGAAUCGAAUCCAGACUUUGACAGUUGAAGUUGAAAACCUUAGCUUGUCCGUUCAAAGUGCUGAACAGGAAGUUCAAUUGAAGCAUGAUUUAUUGGCUAAAACCCAACAAGAGAAUAUCGAGCAGAGGGCUGUGCUCCAGCAACAGAUUAUAACCAGUGAGAUGGAAGCUUGCAGGCUCAGCACAGAAAUGGAGGCCAGAAAUGAGCAGCUUGUCAUCUUGCAGAAGGACAGUUCCAAGCAGUCGGAAAUCCUUCAAGAACAGAUUAACCUUCUAAAAAGUCAAGUUGAAUGUCUGAAUACCUCUUUGACCAAUGCAGAGGAGCAUGUUCAAUCUCUGCAGGCUCUACUAGCAAAGCAGGAGCAGGUAAGUGUUUGUCAAAAAGACCUUUUGCAGCAGCAACUGACUGUUUCUGAAGAGAGUGUAAGGACCAUGAAGGAGGAGAUUCAGACUAAGGAGGAGCAUAUUACUUUAUUAAACAAGCAGUCCUCAGAGAAUUCUGAACAGUUUCAUAAAGACAUCCAAAGUUUGGAGGGACAGGUGGAGAGCCUUACUUCAUCCUUGAAGAAUGCUGAGAAGAAUCUGCAGUCCAAGGAAAGUUUGUUUGCUAACCAGCACUCACAGAGUACUCAGCACAUUGAGACACUGCAGACCCAAAUAGUUUCUUCUCAAGAAGAGGUGAGCAGACUGAUUUCAAAACUACAUUCUAAGGAGGAACAACUGGAGAGUAUGAAAGAUUAUAUCCAUAUUGCAAAGAACCAAGUGAAGGCCAAAGAAGAUUUCAUUGUCAAUCUGGAGAAAGAGAACACUUUUCACAUGGAUAAGCUCAAAAAGCACAACAUGGACCUGGUAGAGGAGGCCGCACAAUUCAAGGAGGAAAUCCGAACCAAAGAAGACCAGUUAGACUUGUUUAAGGUAGAGAGCGGUAAGCUAUCUGAGGUGCUGAAGAAUGAGAUUGAGAGUCUCAAGAGCCAAAUACAAAGUGUCACUGUAUCACUUCAAAGUACAGAAGAGCAAGUCCAAACAAAAGUUAACAAGCUGGCCAACAAUGAAAUGGAGAUUUCAAAGGAAAGAGAAAAGUUUCAAAGCCUGAUGGAAUCCUCUUCAGAGGAGGUGACCAUGCUGAGGGAGCGCAUACAGGCUCAAGAGGAACAGCUUGCCACACUGAGAGAAGAAGGCUCUUCACAGUCAGAUAUGCUAUAUAAGGAGAUCAGCCAGCUCAAAAACCAGUUGGCAGUGGUGAAUAAUUUGCUCUCCGAAGCUGAGCAGAGGGUUCAAGCCCAGUUGGCUAUGAUGUCCGCACAGGAGCAGGAAAGUGCACACCAGAAAGAGCUUCUACAACAUCAGCUGUCUGUUACAGAGGCUGAAGUGAGGAAAAUGAAUGAGGAGAUCCAAGUUAGAGACGAACGUGUCAUGCAACUGAAUGCCACCAACUCUGAACAGUCAGACUUGCUUUGCCAAGAAGUCCAACAUUUAAAGAAACAAGUAGAGUCUCUUGACUCCUCUCGAAGGAAGGCUGAGGAGGAUGUUCAGUUUAAGAAUGAUCUUUUAGUUCAACAGCAGAAAGAAGCAGGCCGGAACCUUCAGGAGAAUAACCAAAAGGAAGAGCUUCUACAGAAUCUGAUUUCAUCUUUUGAAGAGGAGAUUCUGAAGCUGAGAGAAUGUCAAGAUGAGAAGCAGAAACUCCUCAUCAGGGCUGAAGAGAAACUUGAAAUGCUCCAAACUGAGUUGGUUGCUGUCAAAACCCAAGCAGCUGAUAAAGACAACAGCCUCCAGGUCCUCAGGGCUGAGGUUUCCAGCCAUAGUAAUUUGGCUCAAAAUGCAAAUGAGGAGGCUCAAGUCAGUGCUAAAAUGCUGGUUGAGCAACAGGAUGAGAACGCCAAACAAACAAAUGCACUUAAGCUGGAUAUUCAGGUACUUCAAGGACAGUUGGAAGUAAUUUCUCUGCAACUUAUGGACAAAGAACAGCAAAUGCUUAAAACCCAACAAGAAUCUGCUAGGCUUAUAGAGAAACUUCAGCUGCAGGUUGUCUCACUCAAUGCAGAUUUGCAACAACACGAAAAUACACAAAUUGAAUCCUUCAAACAUUGGGAAGGACAGCAGGAUCAUCAGAAGGCUAUUACCAUUGAAAAUGAGACCCUUGUUCAGGAAAAUGAAGUCCUAUUGGCCAAGAUACUACAAGCGGAAAAGGACCAGAAGGCGCUGGAGAAACAAGUGAAUGUGCUGGUUCUGGAGAAGGAGAGACUUGUUCAGACCAAGCAGGCCACAGAGAGAGAGAACCUGGCCUCACUUAGGCUAGAACAAGUGCUCAAGCAAGAGCUUGAAUUAUUGAAGCUGGAAAAAGCUAGGCUCUUGAAAGAAAUGGAAACAAAUGAGAAGAGUGAGAGGCAUAAGAAAGAGCUGCAGGAGCAGCUGGCAGUUAAAAUGGAGGCUGUGGAACACUACAAAGCUCAGAUGGAAAAGGCAGUGAGUCACUACAAUGACAAGAAGCAGCUUCUCCAUGAAAGCCAAGAAGAGGUGGCUGAGUUUAAGCACUGCCUGGAAGUGAGAGAGCGGGAGGCGAAAGCCACUGGGAUGGAGCUCAAACUGCUUCAACUUGAAUUGGAAAAGGCUCAAAGCAAGGAAAAAAACAUGUUGAGCAAGCUGACCCGUUUGGAGACACAGGUGGCCUUUGCUGACCUAAACCUGCGGGCACACAACCGAAUCACUGGCCAUGAAGGAGACGUGUCUGAGUCAUGUUACUUGGAGGUUCCGGCCUCACACUCAAAUGUUCACAAUAAAGAGAAGAGAACCAUGAGCUCGGACAGUCUGGACCAAAGCUCCCUUGAAGACUCGCUGAACAACACAAGGAAGCUACCGGCAACUAAGGACUCAAGCACUCCGCUUGUUCGUAGUUCUGAGAGGCUGGCAGCCAAACGUUCUGGUCUGAGGACUGAGUCACUGGAAACACUUUACUUUACACCAAUAAAUACAAGACACAUCAACAGAACCAGCACAGAAAACAAAAUAGAAGUGGAUAACUCGUUCAUAAAUCCAUCAUCAUCUAUCAAAAGACGAAGGACCACACGGGUUAUAAACAUAACCAUGACAAAGAAAACUCCAGGCGCCGAUGAAGGUGAUGAGACAUUCUACAGCCUGGCUCCAGCACGCUCGCACCCCAACCUCUCCAGUGCCCACGGCGCACGUCCUGUGUCCAUGGAGCUUUUUGAAACGCCCGCUAAAAUGACCGGCGCUGCCAACGACCAGCUCAGCGGUCUUCCUGGGUAUAGGCGGAGUACGCUCCAUUCGCAGACUCCGAAUACUUUCUGCGUCGGGGCAGAGAACGAACCAGAUGGUGCGCCCGAUGACUGGAUGAGGAUUGCUGAGCUCCAGGCUAGGAACAAAGCAUGCCUUCCUCAUCUCAAGAGCAGUUAUCCUGUAGAGUUUGAGGCUGGUUGCAAGAGCACGUUCAUUUUCACUGAUGAAGAAGUCCGUACAGGUGAUCCAACGGAGACCAUUCGCCGGGCAUCUGUCAUGCCAGGCCAGCUGCAGGACUCUGUCGCUUCCCAUCGCCACUCCCUGGCGGCGGGACAGUUGAGUACCGCAGCCGGCACCCGUUCUCAGCGUCUGUCCUUGAUGGCAGGCCACGCGCCUAAAUCGGUCAGCUCCUCUCACGUGAGAAGCCCGAAAUACACAAAGCGGUCUGCGUCGAUGUUGUCUGUUCCUCAAACGUCAUCUGAGAAAAAAUUGAAGGCCAGCUGCUUCCCCCGCCCCCUCACUCCGAAAAACAAGAACAUCAACAACGGACCCUCCAGCUCUCAACUUCACCCUUCCCUCAGUCCAGCUGACCGCAGGCAGUCCAUGAUGUUCACCAUCGACAACACCCCUAAGAACAACAGCAGCAGUUAUCUGAAAAAAGGCCUCAAUAAGCUCCGUAGCUCCACACGGAAGUCACCGGGCAAAACCUCCAAGAGGUCUCCUGCAAAUGCCGUGCGCAAAGAAAACAAGUCUGCAGAAACAUCCCGCGCUGCGGUGGGUCGAGCGGGCAGGGUUGGCGGCUUCAAGUCACCUCGAGUGGUCUCUAAAGAGAACAGGAAGUCCCCUCAAACUGCAGGAAAGGCUGCAAAGUCUCCACGGUUGACUGCAAGCGCUCGCAAGAUGAUGAGGAGAAUGGUGUGAAUUUUUCAACACGAGAAUGUUCAUAUAACAUGUUAUUUUAGUUUUUGUUUUAAUUGCCUUUUCUUUUUUGGGGAUUGUCACACCACUA